GUUAGCCUAAACAACUAAGUUUAAUAUGAUGAUCUAGUCCCCCAUCAAACUAAAGGAGGUAAAAAGCUUCCAUCGUUCUAACCAAUUGGCUAACUAUAGAAGUUAAGUUAUUAGAACAAUAGUCAAACUAACUCAACAAGGGUCAAAUUAUUAUGCCUUGUUGGAAAACGGUUAACUACUCAUGCUUGUGAACAAGGUCAGAGGAAAAGGUAUAUAAGGUUUGUCUACAUUGUAAGCAACUCAGAUAAUUCAUUACUCACAUAUUGCUCUUUCUAGACUUUAAGAUUUUUCUCAGAUCUUGAGUUGACUUGAACUUCAUAGUGCCUUUUGCAGGUACAUUCUUUGUUGUGCUUCACUAUGUGCAACUGUAGCACCACCAUAGCAUCACCAUGCUCUCAGUUGGUCACCACCAAGUUUGUCAGAGGUCGACCUUGCUCAGAUCAACGGAAGAUCAAUUGACACCGUCUUUGGAAAUUUGAUAAAUUCAUUCCGGAUACAGGAUACUCAUCGCCAAACUACACUAGAAUGUCGACAACUUCGUCAUAGAUCAUCUGUUCCAAAAAAUCAGGAGUGCCGAAGUUAGAACUAGUAAGAAUUCAUUCUCGAGAAGAAGAAGAAAUGAGAGAUAACAUUCCAAAUCAAGGGGAUUUGAGCGUUAAUUAGGGGAUUUCCUUCUCGACACACAUGCACGCACAUGCACACGUACAAGAUUUCACUCAAACCAUGACUUCUUAUUUCACUUUUGGUUGGGUUCCACAAUACCUCAUAUAUUAUUUAUAUUUACUUUUGGUUGGGUUCUAAAUAAAAGAUAAAAUAUGAUGUUGCUUAAAUAAUAGAAAGACAUGUCAUUAUGCUCCAAAUUUAAGCAACAAAGAAUGACAUGUCAUUAUGAUCCAAUUGUUCCCCUAAAAUAAGCAACGAUGCAUAAAAAUAAGAACAUCUCUAAGGACAUGCAACAUAAAUGUCCUCAGACUCGUAACAUUUGUUCUUUUGAUUUUUUUUUCAAGUUGAAUAAAAUCAAACUCUCUACUAAAUAUUUAACGCAGCCCAAUCUCUUUAACCCUCUAGUGGAACAAUCCCAACCAAUUCAUCUUAGAUUUUUUUUAUAGGCAAUUCAUCUUAGAUGCUUUAGUUUUUAAAUUUAAUAAAUAUCACUCAAUGGCUGAGAUUACUUGAGUGCAUAAAUAAUUGACUCCAUAGACUCCUUCUCCAAGCAAACAGAGUAACAAAAAACAGAGCAAAGUUGAUGACAUGAACUGUGAAGCGAAUAGAAAACAAUGGGAGACGAGUCACCACCGCAGCGAACCCUGUGGAGCACCGCAGAGAGAAAAUGCUUAGACCUUCUUCAAUGCAAGAGCAAGAAGACCAUCACCACUCUCCUCCAAAUCCACGCCUUCAUGCUCCGAAACUCCGUCGACAACAACCUCAACCUCCUCGCUAAGUUCAUCACUACCUGCGCCUCCAUCGCCGUUUCCACUUCCCGCAGAAACGAGGCCGUCUCCAUCGUCCGCCACGCUCGCCGCUUCUUCGACGCCACCCACAAGCGCGAUGAGUUUCUCUGCAACUCCAUGAUCACCACCCACUUCGCCAUUCGCCAGUUCUCCGAGCCUUUCACCCUCUUCAGGGACCUUUGCAGAGGAACAGCAACAAGAACAAUGACAAUGACCCCUUUUAAGCCAGGUGGGCACACGUUUACCGCGCUUGUGAAGGGUUGUACUGCGUGUAUGGCCACGAGGGAAGGACUGGAGGUUCAUGGGGUUGCGGUGAAAAAUGGGUUUUGCUUGGAUUUGUACGUGGCAACUGCGUUGGUUGAUAUGUAUGUGAAGUUUGGUGUUUUGGGUAGUGCAAGGAAGGUGUUCGAUGAGAUGUCUGAGAGAAGCAGGGUUUCGUGGACUGCGGUUAUUGUGGGGUAUACGAGGUGUGGGGAUAUGAGUGAGGCCAGGAAGCUUUUUGAUGUGAUGCCUGAGAGAGAUGUUGCUGCUUUUAAUGUGAUGAUUGAUGGGUAUGUGAAGUUGGGGUGUAUGGAUAUGGCUCAGGAUUUGUUUGAUAAGAUGAGGGAUAAGAAUGUGAUUUCUUGGACUAGUAUGGUUUCUGGGUAUUGUCAAAAUGGUGAUGUUGAGUCUGCUAGGUUGAUGUUUGAUCUUAUGCCUGAGAAGAACUUGUUUACUUGGAAUGCAAUGAUUGGGGGGCAUUGCAAAAAUAAACAGCCGCAUGAGGCAUUGAAGUUGUUUCGUGAAAUGCUGAUGAGUGCGUCCGUGGAACCGAAUGAAGUGACGCUUUUGAGUGUUCUUCCUGCUGUUGCUGAUUUGGGUGCUUUGGAUUUAGGUGGUUGGAUUCAAGGGUUUGCACGAAGGAAGAAGCUUGAUGGAUCUGUUCGUGUCUCCACUGCCCUGAUUGACAUGUAUGCAAAAUGUGGUGAAAUUGGAAGAGCAAGAUUGCUUUUUGAGGAGAUGCCUGAAAAGGAAACAGCUUCUUGGAAUGCUUUGAUAAAUGGUUUUGCAGUCAAUGGCCGUGCAAAGGAAGCGUUGGAGGUAUUUGAGAUGAUGAUACGGGAAGGGUUUAGACCAAAUGAGAUAACUAUGAUUGGUGUGUUAUCUGCUUGCAACCAUUGUGGUCUGGUAGACGAAGGAAGAAGAUGCUUCAAAGCAAUGGAGGGUUUCGGAAUUGCACCUCAGAUUGAGCAUUAUGGUUGUAUGGUUGACCUUCUAGGAAGGGCUGGAUGCUUGGAUGAGGCUGAAAAUUUGAUUCAGACCAUGCCUUUCGAUGCUAAUGGGAUUAUAUUGAGUUCUUUUCUAUUUGCUUGUGGUCACUUCAAAGAUGUUUCAAGGGCUGAGAGAGUGCUAAGAGAGACAGUGAAAAUGGAAAAGGAGUGUGCUGGAGAUUAUGUAUUGUUGAGAAAUCUGUAUGCCACAGAGAAAAGAUGGACAGAUGUGGAGGAUGUUAAACAUAUGAUGAAGAUGAGAGGAUCUUAUAAAGAGGUUGCUUGCAGUGUUAUUGAGGUCGAUGGUAGAUUUAGAGAGUUUGUAGCUGGUGAUUACUUGCAUUCGAAUCUGGAGGUUAUUCAGUUAACAUUGGGGCAGUUAUGGAAGCACAUGAAAGUUGAAAUAAUCUAUUGAAAUUGGAAAGAUGGGAGAGCUGAAAGAGAGAGAGGUCAAAAAGCAAGUGAAAAGUGGAAGUCACAAGAACAUGCGUAUUUUUGUAUAUCCAAUAGUCCAUUCAGGAUCAAGUUCCUAUGAUCCUAUUCCUAUCUCACCAGAAAGCUUUAGUUAUAAACUGAUACUGAAUGGUAAACGGUGGCUAAAUUGGACUGGAAUGCAAGUCUAAGCUUGCGGUGAUAAUUAAGGCUGGAACCAAAAUUUACAUGUCACUAGCAGGAUUUAUAUGGCAAUGCUAGAAUUAUUGCUCUUCUUCACACUAUGCAUUGUUGCUUCUGCCUAUGUACCAGCCUCAGCUGUUAAGCACUACAAAGAAAGCUAUCCCCAGCCCAGACUUAGCAUUGCAUAUCAACCAUGGGAUUUCCUUCCUACAUUUAUUCAAGGGAUGUCCAGAUAGGACCUCUGCCAUGGUUGAGUUAUGACUUAUGAGAGAUGACUGGUUUAUCUAGUGAUAUUCUGCGAGACAGGGACGAAUUCUUCGACUUAAUUUUUGUUGUAAAUUUUGUUAAUUGCUGCAAAAUGCUAGAAAUUUGUCUUUUGAAACGAUGGAAAAAAAUUAGGUAAAGAUUAUUAGGAAUUCAACCUGAAUUUCUUUGUAGAAAACAAAUGACAAUAGUUACAAUGUUUAGAUCCUUCUA